UUUCUCUCUCUCUCUCUCUCUCUCUCUCUCUCUCUCUCUCUUCCUGAUCCUGCCUCUCUCCUUCAGCCUGCUCUCACUCCGCACACUGAGCCUCUCCGGACUGAGCUGCAGGAAACACACCUGCCUUCUGCUACUUAGACGCGUCAGCUCUUCUCAGGUGGUAAACUCAGACCUCGUAACCAUGGCAACCUCCUUCACCCGCAUGAUGCGCGGCCGUAACACGGCCAUGAUUUUGGCCAGCGUGGGCGCUGGCUCGCUGGCAGCCGGAUACCUGCUCAGCGACAGCGCUGCCGCCGCUGCUGCGACUGCUGCUGAGCGGCAGAGGCUCUAUCCUCCCAGCGCUGACUUCCCUGACUUGAGGAAGCACAAUAACUGCAUGGCAGCAUCCCUGACUCCAGCCAUUUACGCCCGCCUGAGAGACAAGACCACCCCCAAAAACUGGACCCUGGACCAAUGCAUCCAGACUGGGGUGGACAACCCUGGGCACCCCUUCAUCAAGACUGUGGGCAUGGUGGCUGGAGAUGAGGAGAGCUACGAGGUGUUUGCUGAGCUCUUUGACCCAGUCAUCAAGGACCGACACAACGGCUACGACCCCCGCAUAAUGAAGCACCCCACCGACCUGGACGCCUCCAAGAUCACCUCGGGAAUGUUCGACGAGCGCUACGUGCUGUCGUCCCGCGUCCGCACCGGCCGCAGCAUCCGCGGGCUGAGCCUCCCCCCCGCAUGCACGCGCUCGGAGCGCCGCGAGGUGGAGCGCGUGGUUGUCACGGCCCUGUCCGGCCUCAAAGGGGACCUGUCUGGACGCUACUACAGCCUGGGGGACAUGUCCGACAGGGAGCAGCAGCAGCUCAUUGACGAGCAUUUCCUGUUUGAUAAACCAGUGUCACCCCUGCUCACGGCAGCUGGGAUGGCCAGAGAUUGGCCUGAUGCCCGUGGGAUCUGGCACAACAAUGAGAAGAACUUUUUGAUUUGGGUCAACGAGGAGGAUCACACCAGGAUCAUAUCCAUGGAGAAAGGAGGAAACAUGAAGAGAGUGUUUGAGAGGUUCUGCAGGGGUCUAAAACAGGUGGAGCAUCUGAUUCAGGAGAGAGGCUGGGAGUUCAUGUGGAACGAGCGUCUGGGCUACAUCCUCACCUGUCCCUCCAACCUCGGCACCGGGCUCAGGGCUGGCGUGCACAUUCGCCUGCCCCUUCUCAACAGGGAUCCCCGCUUCAAAAAGAUCCUGGAAAACCUGCGGUUACAGAAGAGAGGCACGGGGGGGGUCGACACCGCCGCUACCGGAGACGUCUUUGACGUUUCCAACCUCGACCGUCUGGGCAAGUCAGAGGUGGAGCUGGUGCAAUUAGUGAUUGAUGGUGUCAACUACCUAAUUGAGUGUGAGAAGAGGUUGGAGAGGGGCCAAGACGUCAAGAUCCCCUCCCCCAUCCCUCAGUUCAGGAAGUGAACGUCUCUGCUGGGAACCCUGGAGUAGAGCAGGUGCUCCAGCCUCCGGUAUUUAGGCCGAUAGUCAUGAGACAGGCAGUGUAUGGAGAGAGUAGUGCUGUCCUAACGUGUACAACGACUCUAAACACAAUAAACUCUAUGAUGAAGUUCCUGAA